GACGAAGAAGAUUGCGACAGGCAAGCGGCACAUCGACAUGACGACGGUCGCGGGAGGCAUCAAAGUCUUUUCGGGGACGAGCCAUCCAGAGCUGGCGCAGCUGGUCGCCAAACGACUUGGUCAGCCGCUGGGUCGGGCCACGGUAACGCGUAACGAUGCUGGAGAGUCUAUCGUUCGAAUCGCUGAAUCGGUCCGCGAGCACGACGUCUACAUCAUCAAUACGUCAUGUGUCUCGCCGACACCGUCGGGCAACCCAGCGUCGCCCAACACAUCACUGAUGGAGCUUCUCAUCAUGAUCCACGCGUGCAAGACUGCCAGUGCCAAGCGCAUCACCGCUGUUAUACCUCAUUUCUUCUACGCCAGACAGGACAAAAAGGACAAAAGCAGGGCGCCCAUCAGCGCAAAGCUUAUUGCCAACAUGAUUGAAAAGGCUGGCUGCGAUCACGUCAUUACGAUGGAUCUUCAUGCCUCUCAGAUCCAAGGCUUCUUCGAUGUGCCCGUUGACAAUCUAUAUGCCGAGCCGGCUGCACUACAGUAUAUUCGAGAAAUGGUCGAUUGCAGCAAGGCGGUCAUUGUUUCGCCCGACGCUGGAGGUGCAAAGAGGGCCACGUCGCUGGCCGACAGGCUCGAGGUGGACUUUGCCCUCUUUCACAAGGAACGAAAAAAGGCAAAUGAGGUCUCGAGAAUGGUGCUGGUAGGCAGCGUCGAGGGCAAGACGGCUAUUCUUGUCGACGACAUGGCCGACACAUGCGGAACGCUUGAGCUUGCGGCCCAACGACUGGCCGAAAGCGGUGCAGAGAGGGUGCUGGCCAUUGUCACGCACGGUAUCCUCAGCCCUCCAGCGCUGGAGAGGAUCGCAAAAAGCAAGCUUGAGAAACUCAUUGUCACCAACACGAUUCCUCAAGCCAAGAACAAGGCAAAGUGCCCGAAGAUUGAGGAGAUCGACAUCAGCCACGUCCUGGCCGAGACGAUUAGGAGGUCGCACUACGGCGAAAGCGUUUCUGUUCUCUUCAAUCAGAUCCCCUACGAUACCACUCAACCCUAUCGUCACGGUCUCGACACGCCUGGCCGGUCGGUGCCUGCAAGCCCAGUGCUUCGGACACAUGCCUUUUUGCCCUCGUCAUACAAUGCUCCUGACCCUCCGAUGCCGGCCAACUUCUUUGCAGACGAGAAUAGUGCGGCUGCGGCUGCCGCGACCGCUGCCGCUGCUCCUGCGGCCGCACAGGGACAGCAGCAGGCAAGCAACUCCGUGCGGACUCCAGACAUGGGAAGCGGUCGCCUGCCCUCGGCACCAGACUCGACGCCAAAAGCACCGCCGGUCCACCGGGACAGUGAUCCCCCAACGAGCCCGCUGGCGAGACAGGUCUGAAAUCUGCUCCGCUUUUCUCUUCACACUCCUUUGUAUGAGAAUCUGUUAUUUGAGAUCUGGAUAGAGUACAGACAAGGGAGGCGAGAGUGAAUCGAGAUAGGGACAGUGGGAAACGAGAAAUGGGAAAAGAGCUCCGGUCAAGUUUGGCGAUGG